CGCGCGUGCGCCAUGGCGCGCGUGCAAGCGCUCCGCGCCGAGGCCGAGGCCUACUCCGGCGCCAUCGCGUCCUGCGCGGAGGCGCGCGCCCGGAACGCGCAGGCGAUGAUCCGCCGUUACCAGCACGAGGCCGGGGUUGCUGCGGCGGCGGCUGCCAACCGCCUCCGCAGGGCUCAUGACAGGACCUUCUCGUUACUCUUCUAUGUGGCCUACGGCGAAUCCGCCCCCAAGACCCCUUCGCCUAUCGAGGUUAUCGAGUAUCUGCUGAAGAUCAGGGAGAGAGCAAAACGAAUUCAGAACAUCUGGAACAAGAUCAACCGCUUGAUCGACAUGUUCUCUGAGCUCGAUCCAGCAUUGCAGGCUAUGAUGAUCUCGUGCAUCAAGCCCAUCCUUGAUUUCUUCGCUCCGUUGAUAGAGCUCGUUAACAGCCUUGCAUCGAGUGCUCCUGAGUGCCCUUGCCCGUUUUUGGGUCUUCGAGGCCUGCCCUUCGACAUCUUUCCUGUAGAUGAGGGCCUCAUGGGAGUGAUUACUCUAGCUGGCUACUGUGCGGGUUAUCUUCUGAUGAUUUUGUUGGCUCUGUGCUUAAAAUUCGUAUUAGAUGUGCUGGACCUGUUUGCUACUGGCUGCCAGUCAACCAAGCGCAUGAUCAAGGAUGCCUUCUUUGGUAGCAAGUUCAACUCUCAGAUCCUCUCCAAGGUUAUCGAGUAUUGCAGCAAGGAAGACCAGAGGCGCAAGUCCGCCGCUGCCCCCGGCACUGAGAGGCACCCAUCUGAGCAGAACUUCAGCGGGCACUUUGACCAGGCCAUCCUCGUCAACCUAAUCCUGGCUGCAGACUACCUGGACACCAAUGAAUUGCUGGACCUGACGGGCCAAACAGUCGUUCAAAUGAUCAAGGGAAAGAGCCCCAAGGAGAUCCGCGAGACCUUCAACCUCAAGAAUGACUUCACCUUGGAGGAGGCUCUGCACAUUCAAGAGUUGAUGGAGUUGACCUGCCAGAUGGCCGCGUACAUGAUCAAAGCCGAGAUCCCGGAUGAGUUCCACAUGACAGUCAGCGUCAAGAACGACCUCAACACUGACGACGUGAACAUGACUGAGCUACUUGACCUCACUUCCCAGAUGGUCGCUGAGAUGAUCUUGAACAAGACCCCUGAGGAGGUCUGUGAUACUUUCAACACCGGGAACGGUUCAACACUUUACGAAGGAGUGAAAUGCAACUGAAGUCCUCAAACUUACCGGCUAUGUCCAAAACCAUCCUCGAAAUCAGGAAAUGCUCUAAUACAGUCCUUAAACUUGUACUAUAGAGACAUGUACGGUCCAAAACUGGAAUGAACCCGUAUUUUGCUGACA